AUGCAGGCCGAAAAGUUUCAUCGAAAGCAGUUUUUGGUGGCGACAGCUUAUCUGGUAUUGCCAAUCAUCAGCCGGAAACAAGCCCGAAUUCAUCCGGAAGCGAUGGUUUGGUGUCAUUUAUCAUUCCAGGAAGUGCUAUCGGAUGAUGAUAAUGAUGAAGAUGAUGAUAAUGAUGAAGGUGAUGAUUAUGAUGAUAAUGAUGGUUCUGAUGAUGAAACUGCCUCUUCUGUGGAGGAGCCGAAUGCCGCUGAGGAAAAAACCAUGGUUACGAUUUCUAGCGAUACACAGCGUCAAAAAGGUGUACUUCUUUGUUCUCCGUACAGUUCUGUUGACCAUUUUGAC